GUCAGUUUGAGGUUUAAUUCGUAUGAACUCUCAUAUCAAUAGAUUCAUAUUCAGUGUUGAGCUGAAGUGACCUGUCAUUCAGAGAUGAAGUUCAUUUGUGUGACUCUGUUGAUUAUUGGUGAAAUAACAGGUUUAAGAGCAGCUGUAGGAAGUCCUCCACUCAUCACUGUAGAUGGAUUUGAUGUUUCUGGUGGACUUCAUCUUCAGUGUGAAUCUAAAGGUUGGUACCCUGAACCUGAACUUGUGUGGCUGGACAGUAAAGGAGUCACUUUGACAUCUGAAACUACACACAAACAGAGACACACAGAUGGAUUCAGAGUGAAACACAUGAUCACUGUAUAUAACAGACACAGUAAAUAUUACUGUAGAGUCACUAUGGGACGUCAAAUGCUGGAGACUGAGAUCAUUUUAUCAAGUAAAAUGUUUAACUCUUGGGGGAUAUUAAUGGCCCUCAUUUUAGUCACUGUUGUGCUCAGUGUGAUCGCUGGAAUAUUGAUCAUUGUUUCUGUCUGCAAACACAGAGAACUGCAGAGAAAAGGCAAGAGGCUAAAGAGUAAAGAGAUGGAAUUGAAUAAUGACCAUGACAUGCUCUUACUGAAAGAGAAGAAGAUUGUAAAAAGCUUGAAAUCACUGUUCAGAAAAUUUGCAGUGGAUGUGACUCUGGAUCCUGAUUCAGCUCAUCGACAUCUCAUUGUGUCUGAUGAUGGGAAACAAGUGAGAUAUGAACAACAAUCAGGAACAGUGAAGGAUGAAGUUCAAAGGUCAAAUAACAAGUUUGAUGAACGUCCAUGUGUUCUUGGAAAGGAAGGAUUCACCUCAGGGUGUUUUUACUAUGAGGUGAAGGUGAAGGGGUUAAAUAGGUGGUUUGUGGGUGUGGCCAGAGAAUCUGUUAACAAGAAGGGGAGACUCAAUCUGAAUCCUGAGAAUGGAUUCUGGACUGUGGGUCUAAAAAACAAGAGGUAUCAGGCUUGUGGGGGUCCAUCUGUUCCUCUUUCCUUGAGUGUGGAGCCUCAGAGAGUCGGUGUGUUUGUGGAUUAUGAGGAGGGUCAAAUCUCCUUUUAUGAUGUAAGCUCUAUGCUUCAUAUCUACUCAUUUACUGGUAAUUAUUUUAAUGAGAAACUAUAUCCUGUUUUUUAUUUGUUUCCUUUACUUUUUAAAAACUCAACUGCAUCACUCAUCAUCUGUAAUCUCUCAUGAGAUCUGAUAAAUAUCUGAUCUAAAAAAAAACAUAUCUAAUAAUAUAUUAACUCUUUUGCUGCCAGUGUUUUUUAAAAAAGUUGCCAGCCAGCGCCAACGUUUUUCAUGAUUUUCACAAAAGUUUAAUGCCUUCCAGAAAAUGUUCUUCUUUAAAUAUAUAAACAUACAAUAUACCAAAUGAAAGAACAGACCCUCUGCUUUCAAAAAAAAAAAAAAAAGUUCUUUUGUAAUCAGCUUUUGAAUAUGGGUAGGUUUCUGCAAAAACACCACAUUUUGAGCAAAAAGAUAAUAAAAUUUUUGUGACAGACUUUUCAUAGAGAUCCCAUUCAGAGCGAUCUUUAAAACAGACACGGACAUGCAGCCGCUUGCCAUAGGGCAAUACUUCCAGUUUAAAAAAGUUGCAAAGGGCGCCACCUGGUGGAUAAUAGCGGUAUUGCAGUAAGCCGAAAAUACUCGUCAUUGGCAGGGAAGCGUUUUCUCUUGAUUGACAAGAUAUAUCGUCAAUGGCGGCGAAAGAGUUAAGAGACUCAAUAUUUUAAGUUAUGUCUGCUUGACAAGAUAAAUUAUGUGUUAUUCAAUAAACUUUGCUUAUUUGAUUUUUUCAUCA